AUGCUCCCAAACGCCCAGGUCGUGUCCUUGGUGACGGGGUCGGUCGCCUUACUUCUGGUCGGCGUCGACAGCAUCCCUGCUGCGCGAAGUGUCACCGAUCGGAUAUGCCGUAGAUCGCCCCGACAGGAUGAGCAUACCCUGGCCAAGACUGCAUAUCGCGAUGAAGACGGCGAGGCGACGGAGGAGUCUUUGCGCGCGUUCUCCGACAAGUGGCAGAGAGCGGCGAUUGGGCUUUUUCGGCUACCGGCUUACUCGCGACUUCUGAACUGGUUGCAAUUUAGUAUUUGGAUCCUGCUUUCGAUUCAAGCGAUGGCUUUUUACACCGAGCCUCGUCCUACCGAAAGAUUCAAUCUGGGCCAAUAUGCCUUCGUGGGUAGUCUGAUUGCUCUUGCAGUAUCCUGCCUAGAAGUACAUUUCGCAUGGUCUUCGCAGAGUAUUCUACUUAGACAGCCGAUCUGGGCUGGCUUGACUAUUGCCCAAGUUACCAGCGCAUUCAUUCGCGGGUUAUGCAGUGUCCUAUUACCACGCAAGCCAGACCUCUUCUUCAAAGGGCGCGCUGUAGAUCGAGAAUACUCAGUGUCAGCUCUUGGACGCUUCACAUUCACCUGGGCGAACAGCACUUUGAACUACGCCGUGGAGAAUCGGACGCUCGAGGUAACCGAUUUACCCCGACUCCGCGCGGACAGACGGACGGACCGUUUACGAGAGAACUUUGAAAAAUCAAGAGGAACGCGCAAACUAUGGAAAGCCCUCGUUAUUGCGCACUGGAGGGAGCUUGGUCUGCAGCUUUUCCUCACGCUCGUGCUCUGCGUGCUGAGCUUUGGACCUCAGACAGCACUAUUCAAUAUUCUCCGCGUGCUCGAAUCUCGCGGCGGGGAAUCCUGGAACCCGAUACAGGCCAUAAUCUGGGUGUUUGCACUUGGCGCACUGAUGUUGCUGUACUCCAGUAUUGAGGCGUGGGUGUUCUGGUCCGUUUGCUCGAAAUUGUUUGUUCCAAUCUACGCAGAGCUUUCCGCGACCGUCUUUGCCAAAUCAAUGCGACGAAAAGACGCAAAGCAUACGAAAAAGUUGAAAAGCAAGGACGAACCGAAUGCGGCAGCCAAGGCCUUGCUGGCAGACCAGGAAGACGAGGAUGAAGACGACGAGGCAGCACUGAAAAAGAGCCGACAAAGUAUCAUCAAUCUCGCAGCCGUUGACGCCAGACGUAUCUCCGACUUUACCUCAUUCGCCUAUCUCAUCCCAUUGGCCAUCAUGAAAGUCGUUAUUGGUUGCACGUUCUUGGUCCAGAUCCUGGGUUGGAAAGCGGCAUUCUCUGGCAUGGCUGUCUCUGUGCUCAUCACGCCGUUGAAUAUAUACGCAGCCAAAAGGCUCACUGGAUCCCAGGCUAAGUUGAUGAAAUUGCGAGAUUCCAAGAUGGCGAUUGUCACCGAGGCGCUGCAGGGUAUUCGGCAAGUCAAAUUCUCUGCGUUGGAGGCACAAUGGCAGAAGAAGAUUGGAGAUGCUCGAGAGGCAGAGCUGCAUGCACUAUGGACCUCAUUCUUGAUGGAUGUUAUUCUUCUGGCAAUCUGGAUUUUAGGCCCGCUCGGUCUUUCUGCGGUUUCUUUAACAGUCUACGCGCUUAUACACGGAGGACUCUCCGCGUCCGUUGCCUUCACGGCCAUGUCUGUUUUUGGAGCCUUGGAGAUGUCUCUGGCUAUCCUGCCUGAGAUCAUCGCGGAUGGCCUGGAAGCAAAGGUUAGCGCUGAUCGGAUCGACAUUUACAUGGCAUCGGAAGAGAAAACUGUCAACACCGUUGCUGCGGAUGAAAUUGCGUUCGAGAAUGCCUCUGUGGCAUGGCCUGCUGAGAAGAGCCAGGUUGCCGACGAUGAGCAGGAGGACCGGUUUACAUUGCAGGAUAUGGAUCUGAAAUUCCCGACCAAAGGCCUGAGUGUUAUUUCCGGGCGAACAGGGUCUGGAAAGAGUCUUUUGCUUUCCUCGAUACUUGGUGAAUGUGACGUUCUUCAAGGAACUAUCAAGGUGCCUGUCCCGCCUCCGAUCAGCGAACGUUUCGACGAUCUCGCAAACAGUGAAAACUGGAUCAUUGAUUCCGCCAUUGCAUACGUUGCUCAAAUUCCAUGGAUCGAGAAUGCUACCAUCAAAGAAAACAUUCUGUUUGGGCUGCCGUACAAUGGUGAGCGUUAUCAGAAGGUCCUGUCUGCAUGCGCGCUCAAAAAGGAUUUGGAGAUGCUGCCUGACGGCGAAAUGACCGACAUUGGCGCGAACGGUGUCAACCUUAGUGGUGGCCAGCGCUGGCGGGUAUCUUUUGCUCGAGCUUUAUAUUCUAGGGCUGGGAUUCUGGUGAUGGAUGACAUUUUCAGCGCGCUCGAUGCACACACAGGACGAUACGUCUAUCAACAUGCCCUGACUGGCGAGCUUGGGAACGGUCGCACACGGAUUCUUGUCACUCACCAUGUGGCCCUCUGCUUGCCUCGAACCGACUACUCUGUUCUUCUCGAGAAUGGUUGCGUUAAAUAUGCAGGGACUAUCGAGGAACUUCGCACGUCUAAUCACUUGGAUGACAUUCUCCGAGAAGAGCAGGCAGCUGCGGAGCAAGAUAGGAACGCUGCAGAAGAUGUCGAGGAAGACCUGCUUGAUCCCGAGGAGAGUAGCCUUCAGAAGGUCAUUUCGAAUACAUCACACCGACAGCAAACGGCCUCGGCACCGCAUACGGAUGUACUAGCAAAGAAAGCAGACCCGAAGAAGUUUGUUGAGGAUGAAAGACGAGAAGUGGGAUCGAUUAGCCUCGCGGUCUAUAAGAAGUAUUUUACCAUGGCAUUCAACCCUUUCACGAUGGUUCUUACUGUUCUGGUAUACCUGGGCUAUGCGUCACUCAUGGUUGGACGAGGCUGGUGGAUUAAUGUCUGGGCCGGCGAAUCUUCUCGGACACAAGUCCAUCCAGAACAGCUUCACACACUCUUGCAACAUUCAAUGACAAGUGUUCAGAGUGCUUCAACCCGAGACGACAACAACCUCAAGAUGUACAUGGGUAUUUACAUUGGCAUCUCUACUGCCGCCACCAUUCUUGGAACCGCUCGAUACUACUUCCUCCUCUCGGCCAGUCUUCGUGCCUCGAGGAAGUUUUUCAAUGGACUGACGUAUGCGGUUCUCCGUGCUCCUCUGAGAUGGCUUGAUACCGUCCCACUGGGUCGAAUUUUGAACCGGUUUACAGCCGACUUCCACCUUAUCGACUCGCGUAUCGGUUACGACCUUGCAUUCUUCGGUGGCUCGGUGUUGGAAGUUUGCGGAGUGAUGGUUGCUGGCAUGCUUGUCUCCCCACUGGUGAUUCUAUUCGCCGCCGUUUUACUUGUUGUCUGUCUCAAACUCUCAUUCACCUAUCUUGCCGGUGCCCGUGAAAUCAAACGCCUCGAAAGCACAGCGAAAAGUCCGGUCUUCGAACAAUUCGGAUCGAGCUUGGCUGGCCUCAUCACCAUUCGAGCCUUCACCAAAACCGAUACAUUCAUCGAAGUCAUCUACAACAAGAUCAACGACCAUGCUCAGGCAUGGUGGACUAUGUGGCUUUUCAAUCGCUGGCUGGGUAUCCGUAUGAACCUCGUGGGCGCAGUCUUCUCGACCAUGACAGCAACCCUUGUUGUUCUCAUGCCAGGGAUCUCAGCAGCGCUGGCAGGCUUUGCUCUAAGCUUCGCUCUGCAAUGCAACACGGCUAUCGCAUUCUCGCUGCGGCACUACGCCAACAUCGAACUGAACAUGAAUGCCACCGAGCGCGUCAUCGAAUAUUCGAACAUUGAGCUUGAAGACCAAGGCGGCGUCGAUGCACCCGCUGCCUGGCCAACGGAGGGCCGUCUUGAAGUUACUGAUCUAGUGGUGGGAUAUGCCCCAGAUCUUCCACCCGUUCUCAAGGGUCUCAAUUUCACCGUCGAAAAGAACCAGCGAGUCGGGGUUGUCGGUCGCACAGGCGCGGGCAAAUCAUCCUUGACUCUAGCCUUGUUCCGAUUCCUGGAAGCUCGUCAAGGCCAGAUUUUCAUCGAUGGUCUGGAUGUCUCCAAGAUCAAGCUGCAUGAUCUGCGCAGUCGACUUGCCAUUAUUCCCCAGGAUCCUGUUCUUUUCUCGGGCACUGUGCGAACCAACCUGGAUCCAUUUGAAGAGUACAAUGACAGCGAGCUAUACGACGCCCUUGCCCGCGUGCACUUGAUUGCUUCAUCCGACGAUGACGCGACAUUGACUUCGCAAGCUGCUACGCCGCGACAACCAGGAGGAACGGGCUCGACGACACCCGACACUGUGACGGCCCAGCAAGCCAACACGAAUGUCUUCACAUCGCUCGCAGCACCGAUCUCAGAAGGAGGUCUGAACCUCUCACAGGGUCAACGGCAGCUACUUUGUCUCGCCCGUGCAAUUGUGUCCCGCCCCAAGCUCAUGGUUCUAGACGAGGCGACCAGCGCCGUGGAUAUGGAAACCGAUGCCCUGAUCCAGCAGUCUAUUCGGUCUGAGUUUGGCCGCAAUGCUACCACGCUGCUCGUUAUUGCUCAUCGACUAAGCACGAUUGCUGAUUUCGAUCGCAUCUUGGUGAUGGAUGCGGGCAAGGCGGUUGAGUUUGGUCCUCCGAAGGAAUUGAUGGGCAUUGAGGAUGGUGUUUUUAAGAGCUUGGUGGAGAAUAGCGGCGAGAAGGCUGUGCUGGAAAAAAUGAUAUUUGCUUGA